AUGGGACCCACCAACAUGUCAUAUCUGAACCCAAAGACAGUGACCCUGAUUGGGAUCCCUGGACUAGAGCAUGUGCAGUUUUGGAUUGGGUUUCCCUUCUUUGGCAUGUUCUUGGUGGCCCUGCUGGGGAACAUCUUGCUAAUCAUUAUCUCUACAGAACGCAGUCUACACCAACCCAUGUACAUCUUCCUGGCAGUAUUGGCAGCCACUGACCUAGGACUCUGUAUAGCCAUUGGUCCUAAGAUGUUGGCCAUCUUCUGGCUUGGCUCUUGCUUGAUGGCUUUUGAUGUCUGCCUCACCCAACUCUUCUUCAUUCAUGCCUUGCAGGGAAUGGAAUCUGGCAUCCUGUUGGCAAUGGCCUUUGACCGCUACGUUGCCAUCUGUGAUCCUUUGAGGCACACAUCCAUCCUCACACCAUUCUUUCUAGUUCUGGUGUUGCUGGUGGUGGCAAUCCGGGCAACAGUGCUUGUUGGAAUUUUACCCAUUCUACUCAAACGAUUGCAUCUUUUCCACUCUGUAGUUAUCGCCCAUUCUUACUGUGAACACAUGGCUGUAGUCAAGCUGGCCGCAGAAGAUGUCCAUAUUAACAAAUCAUUUGGGCUCUUUGUGGCUUUUGCAAUUCUAGGUUUUGACAUGAUCUUUGUCUUCAUCUCCUAUGUUCUCAUUUUUCAGGCUGUUUUUUCUCUUUCCCAGAAAGAGGCACAAGUCAAAGCAUUCAGCACUUGUACCGCACAUAUUAUUGUCUUCCUGGAAUUUUAUAUCCUUGCCUUUUUUUCCUUCUUCAGCCAUCGUUUUGGCCAGGUACUACCCUAUGCCCACAUCCUCUUGUCUACCCUCUACCUGCUUGUGCCCCCUGCCCUUAACCCCAUUGUCUACGGCAUGAAGACCAAGGAGAUCCGCAGGCGGGUUGGUCACAUUUUCAUUCUGAAGCCUGACAUGCAGCAAUGA